AUGGCUAAUCCGCCCCCGGUUCGACCUUGGUUCCGAUUAACCUCCAUUCGCCCUGUGUCCGCACCUGCACCCGCACCUGCUCCCGCUCCCGAGUCGCGCCCUAUUAUGCCUCUACCUGCAUUUCAAACAGCUUCAACACCACCAUCACCUCAUAAUCAAACUCAACCUCAAGAAAAGAAAACCGAACAACCACCUUCAUCUCCACCUCAUAGAGUACUAGCUCCUAAUUCUUAUUCUUCAUCUUCUUCACUUCCAUCUUCUCCUAUUCAUAAGCCAACACAUUAUUCAAGUAGUUCUUCUUCCCCGGAGAAAACUACAACCAACACUUCUCGUCUUCCGAUUCCGACUCAAUCUCCGAAAACUAUUAAACAAAACGUCCUCACCCCAACGCAUUCACCAAAAACUAAAUACAUUUAUUCACCACCCUCUCCUCUGACACUCCCACCUUCUCACUCUCAGUUCAAAACUCAUGAAGAACGGUCUAAGAUACCAAUGGAGGCAGAGCCAAAAGCUGUGUUAGUUCAGAAAACCGUUGACGUGCCUAAGCCAUGGCACAAUGGCAACAGCGAGUUACACCCGGAGGCUCAUAAUCAUAGCAAUUCUUCUCAUCGUGGAACCAAACACAGCGGCAAUGGUGAGUUUCAUAGGGAGACUCAAAAUCAUAGCAAUUCUUCUCAUCAUGGGAACAAACAUGUUACUGUCGAAGAAAGGGAAACAAAGGAGAGAAAAUUUUCAGAUUCUGAAGACUCUGGCAUGAGAGUGAUAACAAUUGCAGGUGAAAAUAGAGGAGCUUAUAUGGAACUUGUUCAAUCUCAAAAGAAACACGAACCGAAUUAUCUUCACAAGAAGGGAAACUUAAAAUCGAAUGGUAUCAAAGUUAGUGGUGGUGAAUCAGAGUUUUCAAGUGCCGAGGAAGGAAAAAUAAACAAGAAUGAUAAGAAUCACAAAGGGAGAACAAAGUCUUCAUUUCCAAUGGCUGCAUACAUGAACAGCAAUGUGCAGUGUGUCAAUAACUCUCUACUGUUUCAUGCUUCUUGCUCUCACCAUGAUCCAGGAGUGCGUCUAUCUCUUUCAAAGAAGCCAUUUGGUGAAAGUUACCAUGUGAAGGAACAUGUCAAUGGUGGUGACUAUAAUUGA